AUGAAGAGGAGAAGCACAGCUAAGACAGCCAGGAAACAAACAGCAGAGAUGAGCCAAGCACUGUGUCUGCUGGGGAAGACGCCAAAAGCUGUUUUCACUUUCAUUCGUCUUUCUGUGCUCUUACUCGGUUUCUCCACUAUUUGCCUGGGAGUCCUUUGUACUGCCACAAAUUCCUCCUCAUGCAGGUGUGGAAAUAAUGAGCUGGUGUUUUACUGUCUAUUAGCUUUGGGGUUCUUACUUCUUGUGACUGGCAUUUUCUGGAGCACUUUCCACGCAGUCUUGAAAUACAGGGAUCGCAACAGCAUCUUCAUGCAGAAUCCCUGGCACAGAGAGCUACAUGUCAGCACCAUAGACAGGCCUGACUUCUAUCCCCCAUCCUAUGACGACAGCAUAGAUCCUGAAAAACAGACCUUUCCACUGCCAGUGGCCUCCACACUAAAAGAGCAAGAAGUCAUCCAUAUGCCUCUGCCUCCACCUCCAUAUAGUGAAAGCAGCACAGAGUUCAGCAGUGAAACUUAUGAGUGGGAACUGCCACCACCGUAUGAACUAUCUGUGCAACAGCUACAGCAGCAGCAAAGAUGUGACCAAGACUUAAGCCUCAAAGCAAAGUCACAUUUGCAUCCAUCUGCACUAGAAAACAGUUAUCAAUGGAAUACAGACUGCCAAGGGACCUCAGAAAGAGUUACAACUGUCAGAAAGUUUCAGGCAGGCAGUGAGUAA